CUUCGAAGCAUCCUUCGUAUUUGAAGGUUGGUCCGGGUACUGAUGAGAACUGCUUAGACACACAGUGAUGAGGUGAUGGGCAUACAUGCAAGUAGCUCUCGUACGUACCCUGUUAGCACUUGACGGCGUCAGCAAACGCAGAGAAGACGUCUUGCACACUGGACCUAACCCUAGAGACGGCAUCUGAUUGCAUGCGAUGGAAUGUACACCGAAAGCCUGUGUCGAUGGCAAGAGACAACAGGGAGAGCAGAGGAGGCUCGACUAUCUCGCUGCCCCCAGUGUUCACGCCCCAUGGGGUCACGAAUCACGCACAGGCAACAACAGGGAAGUGGCGUCACAAGGACCAAGAUCAUGCGGAAUGGCGAAAUGGAGAAAAAGAGAGAGAGAGAGCGCUAGCAAACCGCGUCGAUCGUCCAGAGCAAAAGGAAGAGAGCGAGGAAGGCGGCAAAAAUGAGGAGGGGGAAGAAGGGGAACGCGAAGAAUGCGGCACUGUAAUUGAGUAAGGCGGCGAUUAAAGUUCUGCAUGUGGAUGUUCACACUGAUCGAAUUGAUGAGAUGAUGACGAUGAUGGUGAUGGUGAUGACGACGAUGAUGAUGAGGAGGGAAAUAGCAUGGUGUAUGAUGGUGACAACGCCCAGAA